UGGUAGGGUCGCCUGAAAUCGAUCUUCCGCUUCCGAACGGACGGGAGCGCGAUAAGCGGACCGACGAAGAUUCCUAGAGCGCGGCGGUAUCCGUGGGACUGACUUCGCGUCGGGGAAAAGUCGGGUGAAUUUUUCGUUCCGCCGGUAGGAUCAAGUGUACCGGCCGUGGUACAAUCGCGAACGGCUCGGCCCGACGCACGCUUUGCCCCGCGUUUGCGCGAGCCCAAAGACGGCACAGUGAGAGACGUGACGCAGAGAAUUCCUCUACGGCUGCCCGCCUGGCGCUGAGGAUAGCUGCCGAGCUUUUUGAGCAUUUUCCCGCGGGCUCGCGCGUCACAGGCUGCCACUAGCACCCGCGGCAAAUCGAAGGGGGCAGGAAAUCUUUCGCCACGCGACUCUCGCCGCGCGACUAACUUAUAUACUCUCCCUAUACCGUUAUGGAGACUCUCGAAUCGAGUCGCGUGUGCCGCCUCUGCGGCAAGCAAUCCGGUAUCUCUAUUAAUAUAUUCGACAAGAAUGAGAACCACGUGAGGAAAAUCAACGCCGUUCUACCGAUCAUGGUGCACGAGAUGGAUCUACUGCCGAAACACAUGUGCCAUCGAUGCAGCUACAAGCUGGAGGAGUUCCACAAGUUCUACGUGGACUGCCUGAAAACGGACACGGACCUGAAGAGCCAGCUGUCGUGGAUGGGGAAGAAUGAUCCUUUGAAGCGGGUCGGCAUACCGAUGGUGCACAUCGAGAACAUCAAGACCAAGAUCGAGCCGCCGGACUACGACGCGUACGACAUGGCCCCCAUGGUGGGCAACAUGAGCUACAUAAACUCCAUGAGCCCGAUGGCCUUCGAGCCAGAGGACAUCUCGUACGCCGCGUACAGAUGUAGGUGUUGCUGUGAUAAAAUGGACCAAAGUAACCGGACUAUACCGACGAGCUAUCAGACCACCACCGCGGUGCCUCGUUGCAACCGGCUGAGCAACGUGGAACCGGAAAUCAACGAGCACGUUAAUGUCUCCCAGUCGCCGAGAAGGAAUCCCCUAACCGAUGAGAAGUACAGAGAGCGGUCAACCGUGUUGACGCAGGUGGAUGGGAACUGUAGGUUACAGAAAGCGCAUCCUAAUCAUUCGAGCCUAACAGAGAAUAUUAAGAGCGCGGGCGUUGUUAAGAAAGACAAGACAAAGAACGCGAUUGUACGUAAUCUAAGACCUAGAAAGACUUUCGUGAACUAUGUAGGGGCUAGAAAGAAAUCAACGUUGUCGCAGUUGAAGGUUGCGGAAUUGAACGGAGUAACGUUGCAUACGCAACCGAAGCUGGAGAUAGAUGAGAUCAAAGUGGAGAAGUUCGAGGAUUUCGGGGGUCGCGUCCUCAGGCCCAGGAAGGGGACGAUUGAUUACACAGAAUCGAAAAGGAAGUAUUCGAGAUCCUUGAUUAGAAACCAAAGACCACGAAUGGAAGAGGUUCACGCGGGCAAAGUCCGGAAUAUCGUGAAUAAACUGAACUCGUCAUCGGAGAACAUGUUGCCUGCUACUCUAAAUACUAUUAAACACUACUGCGAGGUGUGCAAUACGAAAUUCCUUAACAAAGAAUUGUUUAAGCUACACGUAUGCUAUCCUUGAACCGCGACCGAUGUGAUCAAAUAGAGAUAUAUUUUUACUCGUGCAGAUUAUAAGAAUAUUUUGAUGAGAUGAUAAGGUUCGCGUUGCUUUUGAUCUAUUGGCAUGACGUUACUCGAGGUAAUAGGGAUGUAUCGAAACAUGGGACCCCGAUGGAAAGUACUCCACAUCACUGUUGUCGUGCGAAAAAACCAUAGACCAGCGAAAAUUAUGUACCUUUAGGAUGUAUUUUGAUAACGAACCGUAGAAAACAUUAAUGAUGUAGUAUUUUGUUAUUUUUAUGAACAAAGAUGUACACAUACGAGAGAUUGUCAGAUAUUCAUAUAAAAUGUUACGGCGGAUGUUUCAGAUGUAUACGUUUAAGGAGUUUAUGUACAGUCACUCAGAAACUCUGCAUAUGACCCAUAAGUUUGCGGUAUUCGAGAAAUUAUUGUCUACUAUGAUCAAUUGCGGAAGUUAAAUCAAUGACUUCAUCCCCUGAGAAUAUUUACAGUUUUGAUCUUAUUAGCAUGGAUAAAAAAGAAAUGUUUACUUUGAAUAUGUAUAGCGAAUUCAUGGGUUUUAUGUAAAUAUCCGUGACUACAAAAUAAAGAUUCACGAAACGCCUUCAGAGUUUAAUAGAUAUAUUCAUAUUAUUAUUAUAUACACAAAUAUAAAUAUAUAUUAAUAUAAGCAUGUAUAAAUAUAUAUUUAUAUUUUAUGAAAUGUAAAAAAAAAUAUAGAUUCAUAUACAAAUAUUGUGAUAUGCAGGUGUUCCGCGUGUAUAGUUUACAGUCAUUCUGCACACCACCCUUCCACGAAAAUAGAAUUAAUUGCUUUUACCUCGAAUGAUUUAUUUUUUCCUUCUAAAGAAAGUGUAUCUACGAUAUUUAUGAUAUGUAAGCGGGUUUGUGCAAAAUGGUUAUUAUUGGUGUUCUGUGCAUUCUAAUCUGAAUUGUUAUGAAACUUAAAUUCUAUAAGAUAUUGUUAUCGCUUGCUAAACGCACUCGAUUUUUCUUGUGCACCUAUUAUAAAUUUAAAAAAAAAUGUUCUUUAAGAUUAAUUAUUAAUUUCUCAAAUAAAA